GGCAUUUUGUUUGUUUUCUCUACUCACUACACUCACCGACUCACCUCACUGUUCUAUAUAACUCCUCACCCUAUCUGCAAUUCUCAUCACCAUUCUCUCUUCCUUCCUUCUUCAUCACUAAACCAUGGAGGUCUCUAAGGUAACCGCUCUUCUUCUCAUUUCCAUGCUUUUCAUUUCCUCCGCCACUCCCAUUUUGGCCUGUGGCUCCUGCGGAAAGCCCAGUCACAAGCCCAAAAAGCCCACCCCUAAGCCACCAAUUACUAUUAAACCUCCGGUCACCCUCCCACCGGUCGUUAAACCUCCCGUUACCGUGCCGCCGAUCACCCUCCCACCGGUGGUCAAGCCCCCAGUUCCCAUCCCUCCGAUUACACUCCCGCCGGUCGUCAAGCCCCCAGUUCCCAUCCCUCCGAUUACACUCCCCCCGGUGGUCAAGCCCCCAGUUACCGUUCCUCCGAUUACACUCCCGCCGGUGGUCAAGCCCCCAGUUCCCAUCCCUCCGAUUACCCUCCCACCAGUGGUGAAGCCCCCAGUUACCGUCCCUCCAAUCACUCUGCCUCCGGUGGUCACUCCGGUCACUCCCGGGCCGGCCAAGCCCUGCCCACCGGCGGCGGCGACCUGCCCCAUUGACACCCUGAAGCUCGGCGCGUGCGUGGACCUUCUCGGAGGCCUGGUUCACGUCGGGCUCGGCGACCCCGCCGUGAAUGAAUGCUGCCCCAUUCUUAAAGGGCUGGUUGAGCUCGAAGCCGCGGCUUGCCUGUGCACAACCUUGAAGAUUAAGGCUCUCAACCUCAGCAUUUACGUUCCGCUCGCUCUUCAGCUCCUCGUCACCUGCGGCAAGACUCCUCCUCCUGGAUACACUUGCGCUCUCUAAACCACCCUACCACUAAGGGUCUAAGCUGUAGAUUUGAUGGAUUGACAUGAAAGGAUGUCGAGCCUAUGAUUUCUUUCUUCAUGAUUCCACUCCCACCCACCCACCCCUACUCCCACCCCCCACCCCUUAGUAUCUCUUUCUCUAUAGUGUGGAUUGAAGUUAUGCAUCUUUGGGUUUAUUUGAACAGCAAUUUAUUGAUGGUAAUUUUAUUUCAUGUGUAAUGUUAAUGUUAAUUUUAUUUGUUUUAUUUAUUUCAAUUGAGUAAUGCAAUAGUGUCACUAA